AUGGCUCAUGAUCGUUUCCAAACGUUAUUCCUGUCCAUGUACAAUUUCUCUGACGUUCAUCGCAGAAUACACAUCAUCCAUAAAUACUACAAAGGAAACUUCACAAACGAUACAAUCGGAAUUCCAUGUUUGCAUCUUCGGAUUCCAAAGACUCACAGAACGCGUAUAAUGUCCAAAACAAGACACUUACGAUGCAACUGAUAUCCAUUCAGACUUCAUUUCUUUAAUUUCACACGAAUUACAUAAAAUUGCAUAGAUAUUCGCAGUCAUUACAAAUUUAAUUAAUUUAAUUAAUAGUCAGUCGAAUAUAUAUUACCUUGAAAGGCAGACGUUGAACACAGAAAGAAAAUCGUCUAUCCAAAUUCGGCUCUAAUCUUGAUGGACGUAACUUUUCUUGACGUUCUUCUCCGAGGCUUCUAACGUUUCUUCCUGCGGAUUUUUUUUCUUCUCUUGUCUUUCAUCUUGCUCUGUUUUCCAGCUCUCCUUUCCUCUCUAUCUUUCUAUUAACAAUCCUCUCUUUCUCUCUCUCUUUCUGACAAGAGACGAUUUCGUCUGCUGCGUUUAACCUGAAUGCAUCUUUCAGGAUAUUCCAGUCCCCCUUUUGUGGAUUUUUGAACCGGUACGCCAUUCUUUCGUCCUUCUCUCUUUCUAUCAGUCUUUCUCCUCUCUCUUUUCUUGAACGUCUCCUUCGAUUUGUUCUUCUUCGCUCCAUCCGUGAAGAGAGCGAGUCCCUUCCACUAAAACUGCCCUUACCUGAAAUCAUCCCCUGCUUCUCUUACUUCUAUACCUGUAGUGUCUCCUUACCCGACCUUCCACGGGUCCCGAUUUCUUUGGGAAUAAAUUCAUAAGCAGCCGCCGCAUGAUUCCCGUCGGUAUCGAUAAUUUCGCGAGGUCGAACUCUUAGGAUCGGAGUAAGAAUAAUUCCCUCGUGUCAAAGUCUGGUAAAGACUAGUGGAAUCAAAAUAGCGAGUAACGAACACGAGAGAAAGGAAUAACCGGAUGAAUAAUCUCGAAUGAAAAAUCAAUUUUCAAGAGAUGGAAGAAGUUUGACCUUUCGAUGAAUGAUAACUUCAAUUUCUUUCCUUCAACGUGGAAAGGUGAAUUCAAUCUGUUGAAUUUUGUGUGAAAAAUUUUGGUUUAUUUUCUAUGUUGCAGAAGUGAACGAUGGAGAUGUUCUAUGUUGCACGUGACGAGGAGGAGAAAUGGACAAAAGGAAGCGAUAACCGGCUGUUCUAUACUGUAUAAUCUAGUCAUUCCUACCGAUAUUGUACGAAUGUAAUAAUAGGAUUCGUUUCUCGUUCGUUGAAAUUAGGGGUUAGACUAGAGUUGAGAUACUUGCAUCUGGCCUUCCACGUACAAAACAGAUUGCCGAAUAGUAAAUAUGAAAAUUUAGCGAAUAUAUGACAGUAAAGGUGAAUGGGAGAAUUUCUGUCUCGACAAUUACGAUCAAAGGAUCAAAUCAAAUGUUCGAACGUAUUCAAAGGAUGCCAUCCUCAAAGGUAUUCCACAGUGCCUUAUUAGGAAUUGUUAAUGUUUGAUAGAGAAAGCUCAACUGUCACAACGCUUCAGACUUCAUUUUUUUAAACGAAUGUUAUGUCGCGGUAUUAAAGAAGGAUUCGAUAUUUAGUACUUGAAGAACUGUUUUUGAAUUUUUGAACUGUUAAAAAUUUUAUAAAUGUUACAGAUGUUGCAAAUAUUAAUGAUACGAUGACGAACUUAUCAGAGGAAUAA